AUGGAAGCAAAUAUUAUUAAAAUCUUUCUCUUUGUUGUAUUUGUCGCGAGCGUGAGCAGUGCUCCUGUAUCUGCACCCUUGGCUGUAUCUUCACUGACCGGAGACGCUCCAGACAUCAGCUUGCAACCUGAACUAACUCAGCACCGAGCUGCUGAUGGAAGUGAUGACGAAGACCUAUCAGAGCGGUUCUACAAGAAGUUCUUGGAAAUUGACGCCAGUCGUCAGACGGAUAUAAAUUCAGACAAUAGUGACAAUUUAGUUCUAGAAGACAGGGUGUUUGACGGCUCAAAGUGUCCCAAAGGCACGCAAUGGUACCACGGUAUUUGCUGUCCAGUCGUUGAUCGUCGGGCACGUUGUGAUCUAGUGGAACAAGGGUCAAAUAAUUAA